AAGAUAAAAGAGCUCUAGAAAUAGUUAGUAAUUCCUUUAAACUGGAAGGCGGCCAUUUUCAAGUUGGUCUACCGUGGAAGUAUGAUAGGCCAAGUCUACCGAAUAAUUUGGAACUGGCUGAACGCAGACUAGAGUGUUUAAGGAAAAGGUUUAUGAAAGAUAAUAGUCUUCUGCAGAAAUAUCAAGCUGUGAUGAAUAAACAUAUAAGUAAGGGCUACAUCAUUGAAGCUAGCAAGGAGGGAUUUGACCGUGAUGCUGUUUGUUGGUAUAUUCCUCAUCAUCCCGUUAUCAACUCUAAAAAGCCUGGAAAACUCAGAAUUGUUUUUGAUUGUGCAGCUGUCUAUCAAGGAUUUUCUCUUAAUGAUCAACUUUUAAGAGGACCAAAUACCGUUAAUAGUUUAUUUGGUGUGCUUCUACGAUUCAGAUUAGGUAACAUAGCAUUAGCCGCUGAUGUCGAAGAGAUGUUUCUUCAAGUAAGGAUACCGAGACAAGAUAGGGGAGCGUUUCGUCUAUUGUGGUGGGAAGAUGGUGAUAUGAAACCAACGGCUAAGGAAUAUUGUUUAACAGUUCAUCCGUUUGGAGCCGUGUCCUCCCCUUUUUGCGCUAAUUUCGCUCUUAAGAAGACGGUGGAUAUAUUCGGUAAGGAAUUUAAUAGAGAUAUCCAGGAAGUCGUAGAUAAUAGUUUCUAUGUCGACGACUAUUUAGCCUCCAUUGAUAAUGUACAGGAUGCAAUUGAGCUGGCAAAGACCCUUGGUUUGCUUCUCAGAGAAGGUGGGUUCAGACUUACGAAGUGGAUAAGUAACUGUUUACAAGUUCUCGAUUCAAUUCAUCCAGAAGAGAGAGCAGAAGCCGUAAGAGAGAUUGACUUUGAAAGACUUCCUACGGAACGCACGCUGGGAUUAUUUUGGAAUACUAUGGUCGAUUCGUUUGAAUUUAAAGUCCACAUACCGAAACGUCCCCUCACUAGGCGAGGUAUAUUAUCGAGUGUAGCCUCACUUUACGACCCCUUGGGAUUGUUAGCAGCGUUUAUACUUCCCAUGAAGCAGUUACUUCAACGUUUGGGUAAAUUGGGACUAGGAUGGGACGAAGAGAUUCCAAAUGAUGAGAGCAAACGCUGGUUAGAGAUUUUAAGUGAAUUUCAGAGGGUUGAGAACGUUUAUUUUCCACGUUGUGUAUUGUUUCCGUAAUCAGAUCGUUCGCUCCUGGAACUUCAUAUUUUCAGUGAUGCCUCGGAAAAUGGAUAUGGGGCAGUGGCAUACGUCCGCUCUUACAUUUCUGACACUGAGGUAUGUUCUCGUCUUGUUACGGCUAAGGCAAGAGUAGCCCCGUUAAAGGUCCAAACUAUACCACGCUUGGAUCUUACGGCAGCAGUUUUAGCAGCUCGCAUGGGAUUCCAGCUGCAGUCAGAAUUAGAUAUUAAGUUUUCAGAGGUUAAAUUUUGGACAGAUUCCAUGAUUGUCUUGCACUAUAUUAGAAAUGAGAAAAGCCAGUUUAAAACAUUCAUAGCAAAUCGGAUUUCGACUAUUCAUAGUCUUACUAAAGUGGACCAAUGGAGAUUCGUACCUUCUAAAGAAAACAUAGCAGACUUCGCAUCCAGAGGGGUUAAGUUUAACAUCGAUGGUGUCAAGGUAUGGGAGGAGGGUCCAAGUUUUCUCAAGAAGCCGAAGGAGUGUUGGCCUGCUGUUGAUAUACAAGGUCCUGAACCCCACCUUUUGGAAUUAAAGAAAACAAUGUCCACGCAUGUGAUGAUUGAAGAAUCCACUGUCGAUCUACUUAUCAAUUAUUAUUCAGAUUGGACUAGAUUACUUAAGGCUGUUGCAUGGUUGACCCGAUUUAAGCUAUAUUUAUUGAUAAUGCGUUCUGGUAGAACAGAUCUGUCUCUACAGAUGGGUAUGCUCAGAGUUGAUGAGUUAAAUUUAGCUUGUUUGAAUCUAAUUCGAUAUGUCCAACGCAUACUAUUUCGGAAAGAGAUUGAAAUGUUGGCGUCUGAUACCAUUAGCAAGGUGAAAAUAACAAAUUCACCGUUACGAACUUUAAAUCCAAUGAUGAUAAACGGAUUAUUAUGUGUCGGUGGCCGACUUCAAAUUAGUUCCUGGCCCGAGUCGAGGAAACAUCCUAUAAUAUUACCAUCGAAGCAUAAAGUUACAAAUUUGAUUCUACAGUAUUAUCAUAUUUUGGAAGGACAUGUUGGGGCUACACAGGUAACGGCAACAGUUCGAGAAAAAUUUUGGGUGCUGAGGGGUGGUGUAGCCAUGAGGAGGGUAAUAAAGGAUUGUGUUUAUUGUAAAAGAAGGAACGCCCGCCCCAUCCAACAACUGAUGGCACCACUACCUCCGAGCAGAAUAGAAGAUGGUGCCUAUCCAUUCCUAUCAGUUGGUGUUGAUUAUUUUGGACCCAUUAUGGUUAAACAUGGUAGAAGUAUCGAAAAGAGAUAUGGUUGUGUAUUCACAUGUUUAAGGUUGAGAGCUGUGCAUCUGGAAGUUGCAUAUAGUUUUACCACAGACUCAUUUAUCAUGGCAUUGAUGAGGUUUAUCAGCAGGAGAGGCUAUCCGAAAGAGAUAUACAGUGAUAAUGGAUCAAAUCUGGUAGGGGCUGAACGCGAGCUAAGAAAAUGUCUCCAGAAUUGGGUGCAGGAACGUAUACACUCUGAUUUGCUAAGAAAAGGGAUUGACUGGCAUUUCAGUCCUCCGGCUGCCAGUCAUUGGGGAGGAGUAUGGGAGCGCAUGAUUCGCUCUGUACGAAGAGUAUUGGAUGCUCUUGUUAAGGAACAACCUUUAACAGAUGAAUGCCUUGAAACUUUCAUGAUAGAGGCUGAGCGUAUAAUUAACAAUCGACCUUUGGUCCCGGUUACAGACGACUCGAGUGAUCUCGACGCAAUAACACCAGCAAAACUGUUACUAAUGAGAGAGAACGUUACAGAACUUACUAACGUUCUAUCUAAUGACAGGUAUUCUAAGAGAUGGAAGCAAGCGAAUUACUUAGCACAAGUUUUUUGGAGACGUUGGUCUAAGGAAUAUGUUUCGCUUUUGCAGCGUAGAUACAAGUGGACCCAACUCGAGAGGAACAUAAGGGAGGGUGACUUAGUAAUGAUAUGUUCUGAGUUUUCCGAGAAAAACAAAUGGCCCUUAGGUCUAGUACAGAGAGUGUUACCAAGUAAGGAUGGAUUAGUGAGACAGGUAGAGCUGAGGACAAGAAAAGGGAUCCUAGUGAGAGAUAUUAGAAAACUGUGUCUUCUUGAAGCUAUAGACGGUAGGUAGCUACUCGGAUCCCUAGGCGUACUGGUGUAAGUCCUAGGGAUCACGAGGUUGUUAGUGUGUUGAAUGCUUGUUGUUGAUUGUUUGUGAUGUAUAUACUUCGCUUCCUGCUACCUAUUUACUUGUCCGUGAAAAGAACUAAGGUUCUUUUGGUCGGGAGUGUUACGGGAGAACUAAAGACAUUUGGCUGAUUAAAACCUUUUUACUGUACAUCAAAUUUACUGUGUUUUUUGGAUGUGUUUGUUUUAAUUAACCUUUGGACUUGUUUGUUUAUAUCAUUACUUUCGGACAUUUUGGUUUCUUUUGUCAUUGGUUUGAAAUUUGGGAGUUUUUGCUCCGGGAACCUACAAAAUUGAAGGUUUGUUUUGUAAUUGUUAUAAUUAUUGUUGUUAGAACGACUUUGGUCGAUUAUUUGUGAAUUGCGAAUAAACUUGGUAUCUUAUUUGGAGUUUUGGUUCUCUUGCCUACUUGGGUUCGUAAUUUGCGAAUAUCGACGGCCAGUACUUCAAUAGUUGGAACGGGCAAAACUCAUAAUUGGACGUAACAGA